AUGGCUGAAACACGACAGAAGCAUGCUUUUUCAGAUCCAUCUGAUCUUGUGGCCCGAAGAAUGGGUUUUAUACCUCUGCCUCUUGGAGUUGUGAUGAUGCGAGUGCUUGGUCAUGCAUUGCACAUCGAAGGACCUGCAGCAUUCAUACUCCUAUUGCUUUCAUAUUUGUGUCUUGCUUCUUUUCGCAUUCUAGACAGUGGUAUAAUGCUUGGGAAGGCAUGUGGAUUAAUAAAGCAAUAUCAGCAAGAGAAAGUUGGGACCCCUGCAGUUUCAUCAACUGUAAGCCGAGCAACAAGUCCUAUAAAUGGCAGACCAAAUGUAGUGCGCCAGCUGUUACCAGAUGGUGGCAUAUCAGCAAGCCCAGCACAUCAUACUUUGCAGAGAUCAGUGACUGUUGAUGCAAGUUCUCUAAAACAGGGUUUUGGAGUUAUUGAGGUAGAAAAAAAAGAACCUCCACUCCAAGCGCCUUCUGACCGCAGCCUGGGUCCAGCAGCAAUAUUUUCUAACAGUGCUGUGAGCAUUGAUAGUGUCUGCCUGAAUGAAGAAUUGUUGCGACAUGAACGAAGUCCAGAGACUGGUCUUGCAAGCAUUGUUGAACAUGAAGUUCUAACUAGAAGUGUUCCAAAUAUCCAGGCUAAUCUAAAUGUUGAUGGUGCUAGUGAUUCAUUGGUGCAGGAUGAAUCUGCCGCACAGAAGAGUGAUGAAUUUUCCAAAAAGAGAGCAGAAUCAGAACCUUCCAUACCGUCUGUGAUUGAUGCAGAAAGGGCCAGUGUUUCAUAA